AUGGCUAGAAUCUGCCUCAAGUAAGUCAAGGCCACUGAGCUUACAACCGCUGAAUGAAACUUGAUAACGGACUAUUGUGAAUAUUAUUUACACUUGCUAUCACUGCAGGAAGGAUUAAAACUGGAGUACUGGACACUUUUAUGAAUCAGUAAUUAUCUGCGCAAUUUUUACGUUAGUCGCGCGACUUAUUUGACAACCCCUAGAUCCGCCCCUGUAGGUAAUGAAGAAUCUACUUUUCGUUUACAAAAUCAAAUUAACACACUAAUUCGCGCCAAUCAACUUAAUGCUGUUCAAAAUGAGAACCAAAAUCAUAAAACUGGAACAAAGAAAUGGUGGAAUAAUGUUAAUAACAUUACUGGCAGGAAAGAGAAAAAUUCUGCACCUGUUAGCUCUCUGAUUGAUCCGAAUGUUAUAAAUGCCUACUUUCAAACUGUUAACACUGACCCUAAUUAUUCAGCCCCUCAGUUACUAGAAAUUCCAGAGGGAACUAGAAUUCCGUUUCUUUCUGUCGAUAUUGUCUAUAACUUCCUAAGAAAACAGAAGCGUUCAUCAUCUGGCCUGGACGAUCUACCACAUUGGUUCUGGAAGACAUUCGCAGCUGAAUUAGCUCCAGCUAUAACAAAAAUAUUUAACGUAUCUCUGAAAGUUGGAAAAGUCCCUGAAAUAUUGAAGAGAGCGAAUAUAGUUCCAAUACCAAAAGAAAAUGUUAUCAACUCAAGUUCUGAACUGAGACCUAUCUCACUAACAGACAUCAUAAUGAGGUUAUUUGAGAGAUGUAUAUACAAAAAUGAGAUCGCAGAUGUUAUAUAUCACUCAAUCGAUUCUGACCAAUACGCAUAUAAAGUGGAACAUAACUCAACGAUGGCUUUAGUUAAAUGUCAACAUACGUGGUUGAAAGGGUUGGAUAAUGGUGUGAAAUAUGUGAGAGUACUAUCAUUUGACUUUAGCAAGGCUUUUGACAGCGUUCCACACGACAUACUAUUUGGAAAAGUUAAGAAAUUGCCUUUUAACCCGUACAUCAUAAAUUGGAUAAUAGAUUUCUUAAAUAUCGCAAACAGAGAGUAA